AUCAUCAUCAUCAUCAUGAGCGUCAGACGUCAGGAUCAGCAGCAGCAGCAGAACUCUCCUCCCGGUCCUCUCCAUCGGCAAAGCAGCGUCACAGUCAGCAUGUCAGAGCUCCAACGAUGUUCAUGGACAGAGAGACUGAAAUGAGCUGAAGUCGACUUUAUUUCAUCCUCAAACCUAUAUCUCUGCACCUCCAGGCAGACGAUCUCAACAAUGAAACGCCUCAGCGCGAAAGCAUGCGUGACUCUGCUGUGUGGGGUCUCUGUGGUGUUUGCCACGGGCAGUAAGAGCACUUCCAUCCCAGAAACCACCAGCAACUCCAGCAACUCCAGCACUGCUGACGCAAACGAGUUGCUCACCGCUGGACACAAUGCAACGGAGAUGACGCCUGUGCGUCCAUCUGCAACUCACAAACCCGCACGAGACACUGUCACUGCAACAGCUGACACCGCCACGUUGCACACACUGGAAACAGAAGAUGGCGUCAUGAGGAACCAAAGCCAUAGCUCAAAUAGCAACACGACUGAUUUGACCACAACAAGCUCAGGUGCAGGACUCACAGCGAUAACGACUGUACACACUUCUCUUAGCAAUACGCUGGCGCCCGAGACAAACAAACCCACAGAGAGGAAGUCACCCACCACGUCUGCUGACACGACAGCGCCUGCAACAUCCUCUGCAGCAUCUACUGCAACAGUGACCGUGUCUUCACUCACGUCCACCACCACCACCACAGCUGAUGGUUCCACUUCACCCCUCAGCAGCAGUACCUCUGCUUCCACUGUGGCCACAAUGACAACAAGCUCUACCUCUGAGGAAACACCUGUGUUUGACCACACUUCUUCUUCUUCUUCUUCUUCUCCACCUGUCACCAGCACAUGGACAUCCACCACUGGCCCCAAGCUUUCAUCUACAGCUCAGCACAUUUCUGAGACAAGUACCCACGUCUCCACAUCGCAGUCUUCUGACACAACAAGCUCAACCUCCACCACUGAGUCUUCUACCACCAAUGAGUCUCCUACCAUCACGGCCUCCGAGACCUCUACCAUCUCUACCUCUGCUGUCUCUACGAGUCCAGUCGUAAUCUUGGUCCCCCGCAUUCCCAAAAGGUUGCCCAUUCCAUCAACUCCAGCAACACAAACGACAUCGACGACGACGACGACGACAACGACAACGACACCUUGUGGAGACCCACAGAACCCACCCAGCUCUGACGUGGUGGGGCCCUGCUCUACUCGCGGCCUGGUGAAGCACUGCCUCAUCACCAUCGCCUGCUUAGCAGCGCUGGCCACCAUCUUCAUGGUUUCCACCAUUGUCCUGUGCACCAAGCUGUCGGCAAGGAAGUACAAGCUCAAGAAGCCACAGCAGGCGACCGAGAUGAUGUGCAUCUCCGCGCUGCUGCCCGAGAGGAACUACAACUACACAAGGCAACGUAGCCGUGUCACCAACGGCGUGCUGGUGAUCCCCAGUGGUGAAGACAGCGAUGAGGAGGGAGGAGAUAACCUCACCCUCAGCAGCUUCCUGCCUGAAAAUGACCGUUAUGUUUAGAGUGUUUUCAUCAGCCGGGGACUGAUCUGGCUGAUGUUAGUGAUGUGGAUGCAUUUGCUGUUUUAAAUACAACAAACGCUUCCUCUUUCGAUUGCUGGUGGUUUGUCCUUCAAUGCAUGCUCAUGUCUCUGUGCAGCAGGAAGAGACAUAGACACCGUCAACACGUGGAUUUCACGUUCAUGUGCCACUAGCCGUAUCUGUGAGGUCUGGUCCUCUACUGAGGGCUUAAAGCCAGGACGAAGAGCAGGACCAAAGUUUGCUUUGUGGGUUU